GAACUCAAAAACUCUCAAGCAAACUCCCAUUAGUGGUUGCUUUUUCAGGCCCUUCCGAAUAGGGUGACUCACGUAAUAUACAAAAUCGUGGCCUCUCCUCUUCCCCCCACCACUAUAAACCGCCAGUACUGGCCCUCAACUUCACGCCACACUCCCUUCAAUCCCCCCCUUUUUUCUACUCAAUCCUCUUCUAUGGCUUCCGAGAUGUUCGCCGAGGAUGAAGCCUCUUGGUGCUGCACUUUUGUGUUGGUGACCCUUCUACUACUCAACUCUUUCGAGGAAACAAACUCUAUGACGAUGAAUGAAGAGGAACAUGAUGGCAAAGUGAUGGGUCGUCGGCUGUUGGAGCGAGCGUGCGAUGAAAUAUAUGUCGUCGCAGAGGGAGAAACCCUGCAUUCAAUAAGUGAUAAGUGUGGUGAUCCGUUUAUAGUGGAGCACAACCCUCAUAUUCAUGACCCCGAUGAUGUGUUCCCUGGACUUGUCAUCAAGAUUACUCCUCCGAGCUCUCUUUCUUUGACGUCGUUUAAACGGUCAAUGGGCGAACCAGUGUGUUUGGUCAAGUAGUUUGCUGUAUUGCUGUUUGUAAUACUUGAAUACCUGCCAUGGAACAUGCAUUAGCCAACAGAAACUAGCAGAAGACGAUACAAAUUUCAUUGCAUUUUCAUAUAACAUCUUCAACAAUGAAGCUCAAAGGUAAGGGAUUAAGAAAAAUAAAUUUGGGUUAUUAGCUCAAGAACUUCGUUACUAAUAACCGGAAUACAGAAUUUUGAUCAAAUUGGUUGUGGCAUACAGAAUUUUGACCCAAUUGCAUUUUCAUUAAAA